GGCGCGCGUGGCCGUGUCCGCGGCCGCCUCGUGCGCGUGCCACGCCCAACGGCCGCGCGGGGCGAGAGCGAGCCGCGGCCGCCGCCCGGGCUCCAGAGCGAUCUCGGGGGCCUGGGGCCUCGCGCGGCGGUCUCGCCGGCCUUUCCCGCCCGCCGCCUCCCUCCCGCGCGCCCGCAGAGCCUUCCCUCCCCUGGCGAGGGGCUCCAGUUUGGCCCGGACCCGAGGAGGCUUUUAUUUUGGGGCGGGGCGACACGAAAGCGCGAUGAGGGUUUUUCGAGUCGGGAAGCAGAAGUGCAGCGCUUCGGCUUCGCAGGGAGUUAAAGGGGGAGCAGCGAAUGCGUGGAUAGUGAGAGGAGAUAAUAACCCUUGUGUUUUCUAAGCCCCCACUGUGUGCCAGGCACUGUGCUGAGCAACUUGUGUGGCUCUCAUGCGCUCCCACGAGGAUCCGAGGAGUAUCCUUGGACACCCUGUUUGGCCUGGGUGGGGAAAGCUGAAUUGCAAGCCAGGUGAUAAUGGUGAAGAGCCAGGAAUAAUCUGCACAUGAAGAGUGGCCUUUAUAAAACAAAGUUGAAUUGACCAAAGCAAUGGUUAUGGAGAAGCCUAGUCCCCUGCUGGUCGGGCGGGAAUUUGUGAGGCAGUAUUACACGCUGCUGAACCAGGCCCCAGACAUGCUACACAGAUUUUAUGGAAAGAACUCUUCUUAUGUCCACGGGGGAUUGGAUUCAAAUGGAAAGCCAGCAGAUGCGGUUUAUGGACAGAAAGAAAUCCAUAGGAAAGUCAUGUCACAAAACUUUACCAAUUGCCACACUAAGAUUCGCCAUGUUGAUGCUCAUGCCACUCUGAAUGAUGGGGUAGUGGUCCAGGUGAUGGGGUUGCUCUCCAAUAACAACCAGGCUUUGAGGAGAUUCAUGCAGACAUUUGUCCUUGCUCCUGAGGGCUCUGUUGCAAAUAAGUUCUACGUUCACAAUGAUAUCUUCAGAUACCAAGAUGAGGUCUUCGGUGGCUUUGUCACUGAGCCUCAGGAGGAAUCUGAGGAAGAGGUAGAGGAACCUGAAGAAAGACAGCAGACACCUGAGGUAGUACCUGAUGAAUCUGGAACUUUCUAUGAUCAGACUGUCAGCAAUGAUUUGGAAGAACAUUUAGAGGAACCUGUUGCUGAACCAGAGCCUGAUCCUGAACCAGAACCGGAACAAGAACCUGUUUCUGAAAUCCAAGAGGAAAAGUCUGAGCCAGUGUUGGAAGAAACUGCUCCUGAGGAUGCCCAGAAGAGUUCUUCCCCAGCACCUGCAGACAUAGCGCAGACAGUACAGGAAGACCUGAGGACAUUUUCUUGGGCAUCUGUGACCAGUAAGAACCUUCCACCCAGUGGAGCUGUUCCGGUUACUGGGAUACCACCUCACGUUGUUAAAGUACCAGCUUCGCAGCCUCGUCCGGAGUCUAAGCCUGAAUCUCAGAUUCCACCGCAGAGGCCUCAGAGGGAUCAAAGAGUGCGAGAACAACGAAUAAAUAUUCCUCCCCAGAGGGGACCUAGACCAAUCCGUGAGGCUGGUGAGCAAGGUGACGUUGAACCCCGAAGAAUUGUGAGACACCCUGAUAGUCACCAACUUUUCAUUGGCAAUCUGCCACAUGAAGUGGAUAAAUCGGAACUUAAAGAUUUUUUUCAAAGUUAUGGGAAUGUGGUGGAGCUACGCAUUAACAGUGGCGGGAAAUUACCCAAUUUUGGUUUUGUUGUGUUUGAUGAUUCUGAGCCUGUUCAGAAGGUCCUUAGCAACAGGCCCAUCAUGUUCAGAGGUGAGGUCCGUCUGAAUGUGGAAGAGAAGAAGACUCGAGCUGCCCGGGAAGGGGACCGUCGAGAUAACCGCCUGCGGGGACCUGGAGGUCCUCGAGGUGGGCUGGGUGGUGGAAUGAGAGGCCCGCCCCGUGGAGGCAUGGUGCAGAAACCAGGAUUUGGAGUGGGAAGGGGAAUUGCCCCAAGGCAGUGAAUUGCUCUUCGUUGAUCUUCAUGCAGCAGUACAAAUCUUCUAGCUCCUGCAGAAUGGUGAAUUUCUUAUACCAGCGUUUGGUAUCCUGGAGUAUGACCCUAGUCUAUUAUAAACUGCUUAAGUUUGUACAAUUUUACUUUUUGUGUUAAUGAUGUGUGCUCCCUCUCCCUUCCCUCUCCUCACCUUUUAGUCCUUCACUUCCAAUUUUGUGGAAUGAUAUUUUAGGAAAAACAGAUUUUUAAAGAAGAGAAAAAGACUGAAUUUCCUUGCUUUACUUUUGCAUAUACAGACUGGAUUUUUUUUAACAGCCGUUUCCCCAAAGGAAUGUGUCUUACCUUAUUACUGACAUUUGGUAUGUUUCAUUCAUUGGAAUAUUUCUUAUUUUCUAUGUGUUUCAAAAGCCUGUGAGAAACACAGGAUUUGAUAAACAUUUUGAAGGCAGGAAAAAUCUAAAUUGUUUCUUCUUUGAGAGUCAUGACUACCUUCUGGUGUGUAGAAAUUGCCAUUGGAAAAAUUGACAGUUUGAUUCUUGCUGGUAUGGUUAAAAACUGAAUAAAAGGUGUUAGUAGAGUUUUUUUUUUUUUUUUUUUUUUUCCUUUGGAUAUGUGAUCACAAAACAAUUAUAAACCUACUGUUUUUAUCAUUUAAAUUUAAAUUUGUGAGAUAGGUUUUAAAUGUCUAGGAUGCAACUAAUUUAGAUUUCUUUUGAAGUAGGGUUCUUUUAUGUUUAAUUUGUAUUUAAAAAAAAAAAACAAACCAAAAAAAUGACAAAAAAAGAAACCCCAAAAUCCGAAGAACACAAAACCCAGAGCAAAACUGUUGUGCCUUCUAUUUAUCUUUGAUUCCAGCCUUGGCAAUUGUUUAAAGAAAAAUAAAAAAGACAAAAAAGUCUAGAUUUGUUUUACCAGGUGUAGAGUAUGUUGGGAAUUGAAGAAUCCCUCUUUCACCUUGUAUGUCUUCUGUUCAUUUGUUUUAUGCCUUAUUCUUAAAUUGAGUCUCAAACUGGAAUGCCUUUGAGGACAGACAUGCUUCUUUAGAGGUCCUUUGACCUAAAUAGUCCAGCAUUUGUAUUUUAUUUCGGUAUCUAUUCAGAAUCCUAAUCAUAGCCCGUAAGAAGGAAUAUGACUUUAAUAUUGGACUUUGUGCUUGAGUGUCUGCCAGUUUUUUUCUUAAAUCAUAGGCAUAUGGUAAAUUUUCUAUUUUGUUAUGGUUCUCUUUUAUUGAUGGGCAUGCAGUGGGUGUUCCUUGGAAAUGGCCAAUUUUUAUUAAAAUAUUUCUGGAAGAAAAAUUAAUCUGGCAAUAUAGACUAAUAUUCGUUUUACAUAGUAUGUUAAUUUCUUGAGUGCUGGGUGUGAGGUGGGUGAAGGUUUUGUGUACACAUUUGUGAAGCAAGCCUUUGUGUGAUAACUUGUCCUACGAAUCUGAAGGGCAACGAGGUUGUCAAAUUUAACUUAUUUAUUUUCUUAACAGUGUUCAAUCCUUAAGACUGUUUGAGGACAGUAUAUGAGUAGGUAUAGGAAUGUUUGUUUUGUUGUUACUGGGAAACUCUAGGUUUGCUGAAGGGUGUAGUCUUAAACUAAAAUGAAGUUUGAUAUUAUCGGUCCUCAGUACCUCAAAUAUUUGAAAAUUGGGAACAUCUCCUUCACAUAAACAAAAUUACAUAACUGAAUCACAUGACUGUUUCUUGGGUCAGUUUAAAUAACUAUUUGGUAACCACUUCAUUUGGGCCAGGCCAGUGAUAAUUGGAAGACAUUCAGCUUGUACUUUUGUAGCUUAUAUUAAGCCUGUGGUGGAAAGAAAAAAACUUAGCUGGAGAUAUUUUUGAAAAAAAUUUUUAAGUUGUAGUAACUGUAAAGUCAUAAAUUAUGGAUAACCUAGAAAUCCUUUUUCACAAAUAAAUGCUAAACCAUACAUUUCACAAUAGGUGUUUUUCCUACUCCAUGGUUUAAGGGCACUAACUGGAUGCAGUGAUUCUCCACUGGGGCUGUUAAUACUUCCUAGAGGACAUUUGGAAAUGGGCGAGAUUUGCGGGGGAGGGGAGAAGAGACACCACACACAUCUGGCAUUUAGUGGGUGGGGCUGACAACGCUAAAUGUUCCGUAAAAAUGAAGCAACCCCCCAUUGAGAUCAUGGAUAUUCCUCAUUCCCUAUAAUGCAUGGAGGAUGGAGGGUGGGGUGGAUGAGGACAACUUGAAGACUCCUUCAUUUGAAAACUAGCCUUAGAUGAAUUAAAUGAAUUAUGAAACAGAUCUCUUUCAGGAGUUACAUCUGCAGGUAAUUAAUAAUCUCACUUUUCCUUUACCCAUGUGUGGGUUUAAAGAAACAUUUGGACAGGUAGUAAUAUGCUAGGUGCUUCUUGUAACUUGUUGCAUAAGCUUAGGAAGAGAAGGGUUGCUUUAGUAAUUUCAAGUCCUCAGGAUUGGGAUGAUUGUGGCGUUUUAAAUAGCAUUGGACUUUACGUAUCAGAUUUAGGAUCAUGGUUAACACUAUGAAGAAUCCCAGUAUCAUUGUUUACAUUAUUGCCAAUAGAAUAAGCACGAUACCCUAGAUACACAUAUAUUCCCACAGGUAGAAAGUGAAACUAGGUUAGGGCAAGAUUGUCUCUAGGCAAGCACCAACUCGUCAAAUUUAAGCUUUUCGGGUUUUAAAGUACUUUUCUCAUCUGUAAGAAUGCCCCAAUGUACAGUUCUUUUCUGUUGAGCUUUAAACCCUUUACCCAUGAGUAUUUUAGCUAAGUAAGAUUAGUUUGGGUCAGUGAGUCUUAGUCUUGUAAGACCUUUUGAAAGCAAGCACAUCUUGGGCCUUACAAAAGUACAUUGUUUUCUUUUGCUCUUGUAUUCCUGUGUUGUCAACUUUGUGAGCUUUUGCUGGGAGCAGUGAAAUGGAGAACCCAAAAAUCAUUGUUUGGCUUUGGAUGGGUAGGUUACUUACCGCAGUAUUAGUCGAACUGCACUUUAGUUUCAGAUUAGAAAACUAAUUUUCACAGUUACCCUGUGGAUUAGGUGCUAUUUUUCCCAAAGUAAUAGAUGAAGAAGAAAUCGCGUAGAGCAGUUAAAUGACUGGGCCUCUAAGUCAUCCAAGUAGCAGGAAGCAGCUUGGCCUCCAAAACUGAUGCUUUUUCUCUAGAACCCUAAUGCCUACCUAUUUUACAUUUGAGUGACAUAUUAAAUAAGACAUGACCAUAAUAAGUUACCACAGUACAGAGACCUGAGUCUGUAAAACAUUCAGAGAAAGGUUAGCAUCACUCUUCUCCAUUUCCUUUAAGGUAAACAAGAUAAGGAAACAUUGAUUUUGUAGAGCUACUUUGGUUUAUAGACUGUGGUAACAGUAAUCAUGAUUUGUUCUUGGGUUAUUUUCUCACCUGCAUUUUUGAUACAUGUAGUAUAACCUUGAACCUACAUGUGGAAGGUAACAAUAAUUUUGUAGUACCUUAAUCCAGGUGGGUUUAUAGCAGUUGUGUUUUGUGCUUGUAACUGCCAUCCUCGGAUACUUUUCUUCAUCCUUUUAUUUGAAAAUCCUUGUAGAGUUUAAUAAUUUAGUGGGAAAACAUGGCACUUUAUAGAAAGCAAUUUGUUAGAAUCUAUAUGGUUGCAUUUGUCAAAUCUACUGAUCUAAAGAUAACUUUAUAUUGAAGUUUUAUUUUUGUGCUACUUAAGAGAAAUCUCUGCAGGAACUGCGUACAGAGAAGACCUUUGGUUCAGUAGUUAUGAACCUUUUAAAAAAAGCAACUUCAACUUUUCUUCGAAUAUGAGGUUUUAGUGAACUGCUUAAUAUGCCACGGAUAGGCAGUGGACAGUUAGAGAUAGUCUUCCACAAAUGUUUUAGAAACCUUAAUGUUUUUAGAGUUUUAGAAACUUAGCAACAUUUUGCGUGGGAAGUUGCUGAUCAAGUAAUGGCCAUGUGGCACUAGAUAAGUAAGGAUUUAUGGUUUUAAGAUAGUAAUAUGUUUUAGGAUUUGUACUGUGAUACUGAGGUUCUGGGGACCAUAGGUGGGCUUAUGAACUCUUAUGAGACUAUGUUAAAGGAGAAAUGGUAGCACAUGUGAGCUGAAACUUAUUUACUUCUUAGUGGUUAUGUAGCUAUUUCAGGAUAAUGCUGAAAUUCAUGUGCUUUGCUAAUGCUUUCAUGAAACGGUCUCAUAAUGACCUGAAUAAAAAGUAAGAAGUUGGUUAGCAGUGGUCUAAAGAAGUCCAUAACCAGCUUUGGUUUGAUUAUACUUCUGUCUUGGCUUAGAAUUAAAGUUGUUCACUUUUUGAUUAUAUGCCUUGUUGUGAAAGUUUCGGACGGUCUCUGCUUCUCCAGUUUCCACUUGAACCCGGUAGCUUUUCUUAGCCCUCUACGAGAGGAAAAUAGUAUUGGAAAUCAAUUUCACGGUUACUUCCAUAGACCACGUGACGUGGGCAGUUACAGAAAUCCAUAUGAGUACCUUGGAAUGUGGCCAGUGUCACAGAUUCAUAAGGGACUUGCAGUUAUCCAGUGUGUCUUUGUCUUUUAAAAAAAGCAAAUGUUUACCAAAAAUUCACUAUUGAAUUACUUUAACGAGUAUUUACUUUUUAGAAACCUGCUUAUGGGAAGUUUGCAUACAUUUCUGGUCGUAAGUUAGAGAUGAUUAUAUCUUGUUUAAUCUGGAUAUAAACACUUUCAACUGUAUGAUGUAAUUAACUACUUUGGUUACUGAUUUUCUCCCCAAGCUUUGAUGUCACCUGUUUGAGUUUGGAUUUGGUUUAAAUUCUUAAAUAGUUUUAGGAAAUUUUUAUGAUAUCUUAUCCCUGAUUUUGCCCUUUUAAAUGAAGUCGUUAUACCAAAAAGCUGGCAUACGGAAGUAGCGGAGAAGAACAGAUCUUCCUUUCUCUAAAGAUUCAGUGUAUGCUUAAGUAGAUUAUGUAGAACACAUCAUGUUGAAAAUAAAUUCAUGUAGUUAGAUGUUAGAUUAUGAAGAAUGGGUGGAGGUAGAAGUUAGCUGGUGGGAUAAGGAUCAUUGUGAUUUGUACGAAAAAAUCAUAAUUUUAAGUGAGACACAUCAGAAUAUUUAAAGUGUUUCUUCCCAUUCUGAUUAUUGCCAUAAGAGACAGGAGAGACUCCUAGAAUUCUCUGAAUCAUAGAAUGUUAGUGCUGGAAAAGACUAAAGUUUGUACAACCUCUUCAUUUGUCAAAAGCUAAAUGGCUCAGAGAAUAGAUUAUCAGUGCAGCGUCCUACAUUGGCUUGUAGAAGUUAACAUGGAUCACCUUGAGGGUCACCACUCUGCCCUAGGUUCACUGAAGGAAGCCAGAGCUGUUAAAGGUCAGGAUGUGGGGAGAAAAGGGAAGGAGCCACAUUUUAUAUGCAUACUCGGUUGCUUCUGUAGCUCAGUUUUCAUACCCACUUUUUCUCAGUUUUCUUCGAACUGUCUUAAUGCCCACUUCUACCAGGGCCUGUUGUCUAAGGACAUUAUUACCUUGUGCUCCCCUCAGGGAUGGGUUUACUACUAGCUGUCAGAAAGCUAUUGGGUAUCCUAAUGUUAAUAGCUGAAACUCAGCUGUAAUUUUCUCCUGAAUCCUUCGGCAGUUUGCGUUCUGUACAUUGUGGUGCUUUUCCCACCUUGUAAUGUUAUAACUGUAAGCUCCUAAGGGGCAGCAAUUUGGUCUUAGGCAUGUACCCUGUUCAGUGCCUGGCAGCGCCACGUACCUGUCAGGGUCCUAAUCUUCCUUUGCGGUGAUUUCUCCCAUUCUUCAUGGAGGUGAUGCGCCAGCCGUGCUAAACUACUUACGGUUUUUCUAAUAAGCCUGGCAUUGCUGAUUUUCGUGGCUUCAAGUGCCUUCUUUCUUCCCUGAAGAUAGAUUUGUAUCCACAUCCCCCUGUCCCCAAAGCUCUUGCCAUCGAAAUUGCUUUUUUCAAAACCCAGUUCAAGACCAUUUUCCUUUUCCCUAAGAGAAAAGAUUUGCAACAGGAGUGAGGAACCCCUUUUUUGGGGUCUGGUUUGGCCAGAAUUUGAAGUGGGGAGCAAAUUCAUUCUCAUCUCCUUCCUUCCUACGUCAUCCUUCCUGUGUGAGAUUCUGUCCCAACCUUCAUUUUUAAAAAUGUGUGUUCAUAGAGCACUUUUAACCUUUCUCCUGGCUCAUAUAACUUACCCUUCAACCUACAAUUAGAAUGACCUGUGUGAGUUUUACUACCAUCAGCUCCUCCUUUACUAGACCAUAAGCUCCUUGAGGACAAGGACUGGUUCAUUAUCCCUGUAUUUCACCAGAAGGUACAGUGACCUCCAUGAAAAGAGUCCUUAAAAGAGGACUCAUUGAGUUGAAUAAAUUAACGUAUUUGUUGUUUUUUAUUCUCACAAGUAAGGACAUGCCUAGAGAUAGGACUUAAAUUUUUAGGCACUAUCACAAUUCAUAGUGGAGGGGAUUGUUGGGAAAUUUUGAGGGGUGGGCACAGGAGGGAGGAAGUCACUGGGGACACUCAGAGGUACUUCCAUCCUUGGUCUGGGUGAUUAGCCAUUUCUUUCUGAUUGUGCCCAGUAUAUCCCAGACACUUUGUUCCUGUGCAGAAGAAUUUUAUGUGCCAACUUUCAUUUCUUUUCCCAGACCUAGUCCAUUGUUCUCUCUGUGUCCUCACCCAUGCCAAAAGUCUAAGUCCUCUGCUUUUUUUCUUAUUCUAGCUAAGUCCUGUCAGUGCUACCUCAAGGCUUUCACACCUCUUUCCUCCCCACUUAGAUGAUUUCAGUGGCCUCUCAGCUUCCUUUACCUGUUCUUACCCCAGCCUACCUUAUACACAAUAUUAGAUUCAUCUUACUGAAACGUAGCUCUGACCAUGUAUCCCGUGGAUGUGUUCUGUCUCCCCUACUAGACUGUAAGCUCCUUACGGGCAGGGUCUGUGUUGGAGUCAUCUUUGUAUCUCCCGUAGUACCUAUCAAUAAAUGUUUCUUGAAUGAACAACA